CAUAAACAGCUGGUCAACCACCUCGGUAGCUUGCUAGCCAACAUAGCCGAAAGAUUCAAGCUAUUUAUACGCUUUCGGUGUAUAUUACCUACUGUGUAUUAGACACACUUCUAUGGUAUCUACUUGUUAACCUAUUUAAUGUAAUAUUACGUUAUUUUUUAUUAGUCAGCUAUAGUAGCUGGCUGGUUAAGUUAGCACUAGCCUCGUCGCCAAUGAUAGCUAGCUAGCUAACAUCCCCGAAAAUGAGCUCCCUAAACUACUCCCCUCCUGUUAAAGAAGAGGAAGUCUGCUGGACGGAGAAAGAAGCUCUGGGGCUGAACAUUGUCGUGAAAGAGGAGAAGGAAGAGGAGGAUGUUACAGUUCAAAAAGAAGUAGGGGGUGAGGCUGUUACAAUGAAAGAAGAAGAGAAAGACGUUUCAGUGAAAGCAGAGGAGGAAGAGAAAGAGGAUGGAGUUUUUGAAGUGAAAGAGGAAGGAGAGGAGGAGACAGAAGGAGAGAGAUGGGACUAUUGUGGAUCAUCUCUGGAGCCUCAACAACAUCAUGAAGCUGACGAGGCAGAGAAGAGUCUCUCCAGAUCAGAACUCCUCAAGAAACACCAGCAGAUACCCACAGGAAAGAAACCGCACUGCUGCUCUGACUGUGGGAAACGUUUCAAAUCUUCAUCAGAACUUAAAAAACACCAGCGAGUACACACAGGAGAGAAACCUUAUAGCUGUGAUCAGUGUGGCAAGAGUUUUACUCAGUCAAACAGCCUGAAAUCACACCAGAGAACACACACAGGAGAGCAGCCAUAUAGCUGUGAGCAAUGUGGGAAAAGCUUUUCUCAGAUAGAACACCUUAAAGGACACCAGAGAACACACACAGGAGAGAAGCCUUAUAGCUGUGAUGUAUGUGCGGAUAGUUUUACUACAUCAAGCCAGCUGGUAGUACACCAGCGAGUACACACAGGAGAGAAAUCUUAUAGCUGUAAUCAGUGUGGCAAAAGUUUUACUCAGUCAAACAGCCUGAAAUCACACCAGAGAACACACACAGGAGAGAAACCUUAUAGCUGUGAUCAAUGUGGGAAAAGCUUUUCUCAGGUAGAACUCCUUAUUAAUAAAGGACACCAGAGAACACACACAGGAGAGAAAUCUUUUAGCUGUUAUCAUUGUGGGAAGAGUUUUACUCAAACAGCCUGAAUAGACACCAGAGAACACACACAGGAGAGAAAUCUUAUAGCUGUGAUUAAUGUGGGAAAAGCUUAGGUAGAACUUAUCUGACUGAACAUAAGCAAACACACACAGGAGACAAACCUUACCACUGCUCUGACUGUGGGAAGAGCUUUACUUCCCUAAGAAACCUGACACAACACCAGAGAACACACACAGGAGACAUACCUUACCACUGCUCGGACUGUGGGAAGAGCUUUGCUUCCCUAAGAAGCCUGACACAACACCAGAUGUGUCCUCUCUGGAAAAAAGCAGGAGCAGACAUUUCUGAACUCUUAAUCAACAGGCCUUUACACCCAUGAAUGAGUAUCAAUAAUGUGUCACUAUUUCUGAGGCUAUAUGAUGUAUCGUUCAGCAGAUUUACUUUGUAAUAUUAAUUUAUUUGUUUUUAUCUCUUGAUUUGAUUGCCAAUAGCGUGAAAACCUGUCAUCAAGGCAAAGGGUUUUGAAGAAUAUACAAUACAUUUUGAUUUGUUUAACACUUUUUUUGGUUACUUCAGGAUUGCAUGUGUUAUUUC